AUGUAUAAAGGGAUGAGCAGAAGCAGAAGCUUCUCUGAGAAAAUGGAUGGUAUUGCUCCACUUGCAAUUGGCACGCGAGGCACUGUGGGGUCGCUGGUGAUGAAGGAGAUUGAGUACUUCACCAAGUUUGAGGUGGAACGCCAUGGCAGCUCUCAGAGGAUAAGUGGAGAUGCUUCGAGGAGAAGCGAUUGUAAGGGAAGCUUUUGGCUUGUGUCCUUGACUUGGAAGUGGAAGAAGAGAAAAGGCAAUAAUGGGAUUCUCCCUAACAUUUGCAGUGCUGUUGAAUUGUCAAAAAGCAAUCGCUUCAAUGGGAUUCCUGGUUUCAGUUACAGGAUUCUCAAACACGACUUUCCCAUUUGA